CAUGCCUUUUUCAGCACAAUCGACUGGGACCGGCUCGAAGCCAGGACAGCUCGACCCGCCGUUUGUGCCCGACAGCGAGCAGUCCAACUUCGACAUCACACACGAUAUCGAGGAGAUGCUGUUGGAGCAGGAGCCACUGACAGCGCGCACAAAGCGCGGGGCCAAGUUCAAGCCCGUCACGGGGGCGCAGCGGACGCCCGAGUACGAUGUUAUUGAGCGCGAUUUCAACAACUUUGACUAUAUCGAGUACGAGCAGUUCAAGCACUACAUCAAUACCCACGGCGAAAUCAACGCCGCCGCCGCCGAUGCUGCCAGGGCUGCCGGCCCGCCCAAGCAGCAGCCGACUGUGCUUGCUAAUAUUGUGCCCAACAUCAGCGUGCCCCUAGCGCAGCUGAGGCUGGACGGCCGCACUUUGAUCAACUUUACCCCGCUGGACGCAGCAGUGGCCCCCUCGGGGACCCGCAAGAGCACGACGUCGCGGUCGGACAGUGACUGCAUGGCACCAAAGCAGACAGCCCAGAAAGGGCGGCCCAAGACGGCCCAGGUCAUGGGUGCGCCGAUGAACAACAGCAGCACGUCGACGCUGGGCGCCUCGACAUCAUCCGAUAUUAUGCCGCCCAGUAUUGUGCCGGUGGACAAACUGACAUGGCAGAUGAUGCUGCCGGAGCAGCGCCAGCUGGCCCACCGGUUCUGCGUCAAAAUGGUGCAUGACCGGCAGCGCAGCAAAAAGUCCCGCGACGCAUCAAACGCCAGCGCAUCGCCGACAAUGGGCUAUGAUACUGGAUCCACGGCCAGCCAAAACACUUCGCCAUUGCUGACUAUGGCCGAGAAGCGCCGCAGCAUAAUGAAGCGCCAGAAAAGCUUUGGCAUAUUCAGCGCCGUGAGCAAUGAAAUGGUAUCCAAGCCGCCAGUGCCCGGCAAUGCUCCGCCGCAGCGCCGCAUGAGCCGGUCGAUUGAUUUGGUGUCGCGGGGAACCGACGUGGCGCCGCGGCUCAAUCCACCUGAAUCCGAGGACAAGUGCGACUCGCCGGUAUUUGCAAACUUCAACGAGGCCACGCUUUACGGUUUUUCUGAUUUAAGUCUGGGCAAUGCCCCGCAGCAGCCGCUGCCGCCGAUCCCAGCCGGCCAGCAGAGGCGCACGCCUUUGCGGUUCGUCCCCAGUCACCGGCCCAUGCAGUCGGUCGGCGGUAUGCGCAGUAAUAAUGUUGUGUUUCCGCAGUUGCGCAAGUCAUCGGCGGUCCCGGCCGACGAGUUUUAUGCGCAUGGACGCAAGAUGAAGCCAUCGAUGACCAUUGCUGAUAUGGAGUCGAACCGGGCGCCUCGACAGUACGCUACUGGGAAUGAGUCGGUGCCUCGGCCGCAUGCUGACAGCACCACCUUUCCGAACUCUUUGCUGCACUGA